CCACGAGAUGCCAGAGAGACUCACGGAAGCGAAACAGCACAGUUGUGUGUGCUUUAGCUCUGGAAAGCAAGCAUUCUGAAGAACCAAAAGCAGCCAACAGAAUAAGUAGCCAUAUACAGUACAAGCCAAAUGGGAAGAUUUUCUAGCAAGAUUUGGAACUGGACUCUUUCAUGUGAUGCACUCCGUCUUCCCUGAUUUCUGAUUCCUUCCCUCCAUCCACUUUUUCGGUUUUACCGUCCAGCUUUCUUUUAGCAUAGUUUAACCUUGUCUGUCUGUCCCCCGUUAAGCUGGGUGUCAGACUCUUGUUGUCGCCUGAAUGGACAGGGACACAUUUGCCUGCGCUACUAAGUUUUUCCGCGAUUAUAGCGGCCAACCUCGGGGGGCGAGCUGUCAACCCCACAACCAUGUCGACUACAUCGAAAAGCCAGACACAUUCACGUAUGCAGACUUUUUCAAGGAUUACUUGAUUCCCAACGACCCCUGUGUUUUCUCUGCGAAAUUCACCGAGGGCUGGGGCAGCAGGAGGAAGUGGGUGACCCCAGACGGGAAGCCAAACUUUGACUAUCUGCUGCGGACGUUCGGGGAGGCUGUAGUACCCGUUGCCAACUGUGAUGUCAAGGAAUACAAUUCUAACCCAAAGGAACACCUCAAACUCAAGGAGUACAUAAGCUAUUGGAAGGAACACAUUAAAAAAAAUUACCGCUCGCCCCGAGGGUGCCUUUACCUCAAGGACUGGCACCUGCACAGGACUUUCCCAGAACAAGAUGUUUACACCAUCCCAAUCUACUUCUCUUCCGACUGGCUGAAUGAAUACUGGGACGCCAUAAAAGUGGAUGACUAUCGCUUUGUCUAUAUGGGACCCAAGGGCUCGUGGACUCCCUUUCACGCAGAUGUCUUCCGCUCCUACAGCUGGUCAGCCAAUAUCUGUGGGAAAAAGAAAUGGCUGAUCUUUCCCCCGGGGCAAGAGGAGAACCUCCGAGACCGCCAUGGCCACUUGCCCUUUGACAUCACCUCCCCCGAGCUGAAGAAGAGCAGCGUUUACCCUCGCUACGCCCAAAGCACUGCUCCCGUGGAGAUCAUCCAGGAAGCCGGGGAGAUCGUCUUCAUCCCCAGCGGGUGGCACCAUCAGGUUUACAAUCUGGAGGACACCAUCUCCAUCAACCACAACUGGGUGAACGGGUGCAACGCAGCCAUCAUGUGGAGCUUCCUCCAAGACGAACUCGCCGCCGUCCAGCGGGAGAUCAGGGAAUGGAGAGAAACCAUGGAAGACUGGCACCUGCAGUGUCAGGUACUGAUGAAGUCUUACACAGGCAUCGACUACAAGGAGUUCUACAAUUUCCUGAAGAUCAUUGCAGAGAACCGGAUCUUUGUCCUCGAGAACCACCAUUCUGAGGAAGAGGCCUCCAAGCAUUGCUACCGAGCCGCCAUCUCCGGCCUGGGCAUGCUGCACGCCGUCUUCGACCUGAAACGGACUGCCAAGGUGUUGACGUCCCUGAACGCCAACGAGGAUUUCAAGAAACUGAACCCUGAGUCCUUCACCCCGCCUCCUCAUGCUCUCCUACACCGCCUGAAAGCAGCGAUAGAUACAGCCCUCCUCUAGUCCCCCGUUUAUUUCAACCAGUUGCAGAAAUCGCUGUUCUUGCAACCUGGGUGCAUGCUGGUUAUGUUGACCCUCCCCAUUUAGAAGCCUUAAAGCACAGUGAAUUUCCAGGGCAAGUGGGGAACGCAGACGCAGAAGGGCAGGGAAUUUAAGUGUGUGGGAAAUUGGUCCUAGCUGGGAAAGAGAGAACAAAUGUAAAAGG